GUAUUAUGCCAAGCACACUGAAAGAUAACCCGUCCUGCCCUCGAGACAAUGAAAACGCUCUCGCCAAACACUGCGUUGCCAAGUACAUCACAGCAAAUUCGUGUGCAGCAGCUGGAGGGAAGUGGACAAAGUUUAUCACAAACUACGAGGAGAAAACAGCUGGAGUGUUGAGCACGUGCUAUAACAUGGGAGAUAUGAAGCUUGCACGAGGCGUACCAUACGAGUCCCACCUGAUCUCGCAAGGAGCUAAUGGAGAAGUGCAAUAUGUUCUUCUUCACAAACCCCCAGAUGUGAUCUACGCCCCAUCCACUGUCGUUAACCACAACGGAAUGAACAUGGAGGGAAAGUUUUCGUCGUACAAGUGGAAAGUUCCUUGUUUCCCAACCAACACCACUCAACGCUGCGUGUUACGUUUAAGAUACAACAUUACCACUCCUGACGCUCCUCGUGAAUUUGAUGGCCGCAAUAACUCGAAGGUUAAAAAUGACCCAAAAACAAAAGCAGUUGACGGUAAAACUGAGCUACAACUCGCUUUGAACACCGCGCAGCUCGCCCGAACAUUCCAGGACAGAAGUCACGUGAUCCUCCUAAAGCCGCGAAAUCAUCUCCCUGCAAAAUAUCGGCAAUCCAACAUAUACUACAUCGGAGGAAUGGGAAAGAGAGGAAACAUUGUGCAGGCCUAUCCAGCCAUGGAAUAUCGCUUCACUCCUGAACGCAUUACAGUUACAACACAUGAUGUGCUAUGUUUCGUCUGGUCUGGUUCAAACAACAAUCAAAACAACGACGGUGAAGGGACAGCACGAACGGAUCGCACCAACGUGUGUUGGGUAAAAGAAGGAUGCAGCUCUCUCAAGCCAGCAGCUUGUCACAGCUUGCCUCUUGAAGUGGUUGACCAUGUAAAUGAAUUUAACGCUGCAAAGUUGAAUCUUCACCUCAACAAAGGCUGCUACACCGCUGACAACCUCCAGGCUCAGCUAAACAACGCCCCGGCUUCCUGCAACCCGCCGUGUUUUCGCAUCACGAAGCCUGGGGAGUACUGUUACAUGAGCACGCGCAAUAACAACUUCUCCAACCGACGUCACAUGGGACAGAUCACUGUUAUCCAGGCCUCCGUUGGGGCCUGAUCCAAUCCAGUCUAUUAAAUACGGAGUUAAAUACCUUCAUUGUUUAAUAUGAAAUAAACAUGAAAAUCAGUUGAGACUUGUGUGAAGUGUGUGAUCUAUUUGGGCAGUACCCGAGAUAAUCUAACAGUUUUAUUUAAGGUUGUCCACU